AUGUCAAGCCAAACUCGGAAGCCAAGAUUCGCUCGGCGGAGGCUUCGGCUUCUCGCCUCAUGUAUCGUUGUGGCGACCAUGUUUGUCUUUGUCACACUGGCCCUCGGCUAUGCGACGGAAUUUCCUGAGGCGGCGGCGGAUCCAGGAGGCACCUCGGCCGCGGAGCAGCGGCAGACAACUGUGGCUGGGCCGGUACGACCAGCGUGGAAAGUGUCACUGGAAAUGGAGCAUGCGCAGAUAAAGACAAGGGCAAGCAUAGAACGUUUUGCGGAGAGCCUGGCCAAUUUACGCGAAGAGUUACCGAAUAUCAAAAGUCUGAAUAAGAGUUGUCACUUUGCCUACCCACUAAACAGACAAAUCACGCGAUUUGAGUACAAGAGUAAGCGUGUGCGGGUAAAGCGUAGUCUAACCCCAGUGGCAUUUUUCAAUGCACUUCAGCAGGAAGCCGAGGGUAGGGUGUUUCUCUUCUCGGACCCACUUCCAUGGAUUGUGAAGCAGACACCUCUGGUCCUGUCGCCUUUGUUUGAUGUCGGGAAAAGGUUUGGUCGAUGGAGAGCAUUUUUUCGAUCCUCCUUGCCUACUAAAAUUCUUGGCCAGGCACGCUCUAGCAGGAGUGAUGGGGAGUGGACUUUACCGCUGGAUGGGGAGUACAGUGAUAGUCAAUUUUUGCGGCCACAGCCCCCGUUGUACGCGGUCGUUUUUCCUAACGCUGUGGUCUCCAACAGCUACGUUAUCACGUGCCGUGGAAGCGUGUACACGAGUGGAGGCUGUCUGAGUCGUUGGUAUCUACCAGAAAUUAAAAGCACAGGGCAACUGGACUGGCGUGGCGUUGUCGUGGCGCUCUGCGAUGAGUGGUGCAAGGGAUACUACCACUUUACACAUGAGCAUUUGACGCGUUUGGCGCUUGUGCAUAAAAUAUUACUUGAACGCGAUGACGCGGUGCUGGUGUUGUAUACCUCCACGAAAAAAUUUCACCGGCAGUGGUUAAUCGAUGUUCUUGGCAUUCCCUCGCACCGUGUCUUGCAUGGGACGCUUCCCGUGCAUGGGCAUUUGGUUCUCUACCCCAUUCCAAAUGGCUGUGGGACGUCGUUUACACACUUGACUUACGCGCUACGUGACAUUGUCUUUGCGCGACUGCAUUUGCUGCCUCCUCUUCCUGCCAAAAAGCGUAAGCUUCGACUUUUGUUUGCCGAACGCGCCAGGCUAUCACGGAUGCCGUCAAAUUACUACCAGCUGAAGCAGCAGCUCCUGGAAGACUACGGCGCCUCCUUUGAAGUUAGUGCAUUUUCCGACAAGUUGCAUGUGGCAGAGCAAAUACGCUGCUUUUACGAGGCGGACGUAGUUGUUGGCCCGCACGGCUCCAACCUCGCCAACGCAAUGUGGAUGCGUCACGGCACACAUUUGAUAGAAUUUAUUUCUUACAUAUACGCCAACAUGUGUUAUCACACGACAGCGAGCAGCAUUAAUGUGACGUACCAUGCCAUCUUUCAUAAUGCCGGGAAGGACGGGAAAUAUUUUCUCUCAUACGAUGAGCUGAGGCGUCACAUCACCUAUGCGGUGGAGGCGCUGCUCAAGUCCCGUCGAGGAUCCUCUCUAUUUUCCUUCUUGCAAUGUGUGUGUGUGUGCGUUGUUGUUGUUGUUGUUGUUGUUGUUGUUGUUGUUGUUGUGUGUGUGUGUGUGUGUGUGUGUGUGUUUCCGUUGCUUUCCAUUGUUGUGUCUUGCGAUUGUUUCUCUCGUCGCCACAAGCGGAGGCGCUGCCCGUAG